AUGUGGAACUUCUCCAGGUUCUUCAGGCAUACUUUCCGGAAGGGCAUCCAGCGGCGAGCACACCAUGUUUGCAUCAUUGGAAGCGGUCCUUCAGCCUUUUAUGCAGCACACUUUUUAUUGAAGCAUCACAGUGGCCUUCAUAUCGACAUGUUGGAGAAACUGCCCGCUCCAUUUGGACUUGUUCGGUACGGAGUGGCCCCAGACCAUCCAGAGGUGAAGAAUGUUAUCGAUACAUUCACGCAAGUAGCCAAAAAUCCUCGUUUCAAUUACUUCGGUAAUGUAACGGUUGGGCAGGAUAUCAAACUGAGGGAUCUUCGGCGAUGCUAUGAUGCAAUAUUACUGGCGUAUGGAGCAAGCGUGGAUAGGCGAAUGAAUAUUGAAGGUGAAGAUCUACCAGGUGUUAUUCCUGCAAAAAACCUGGUCGCUUGGUAUAACGGAUAUCCAAGUUUGGACAUGCCCCCUCCUGAUUUGGACUGCGAAACAGUGGCAAUCGUCGGCGUUGGGAAUGUAGCAAUUGACGUCGCGAGGAUUCUGUUGUCCCCCAUCGAACGCUUACGAACGACAGACAUUCCCGAGCCAGUGGUCGCCCACCUUGCCUCCAGCCGAGUUCGUCGAGUUGUCUUGAUUGGUCGCCGUGGGCCUCUGCACUCAGCCUUCACUUUGAAGGUGUUUCGAGAGCUGACUCACCUUCCUGCAAGCAAACAUGGUUCUGCUGAAGAACUUGCCGUUCAUUUUAGCCCUGCCGACGUUUUCGAAACAACAAUGGCCACGGGUUCAGGGCUCCAUCAAUUUAUAGCAGGCCUCCCCCGUCCCCGUCGCAGGUUGACGGAGUUCCUCUUGGCGACGGCAAAGCGGAAUGCCCCCACUGAUUUGACAGGAAGCGACCUUUUGCAUUGCGAGUUCCGGUACCUGCGCUCUCCCGUGCGAGUUAUUCCACGAGCUGAUUCCCACUCGGCUUCGUCCCUCCUGUCAAAUGUGAAGGCCUUGGAUUUGCGCAUAAAUGGCCCUCCAAGCGAUCACCAAAAAUGCAUUUCUGAUGUGUCGGCCCCAUUGGAACGCCUGGAAUGUGGUCUCGUGGUGCGGAGUAUCGGAUAUCGGAGCGUGCAAAUCGAUCCCGAUCUUCCCUUCGACGAGGCCCGCGGGGUGGUCGCCUGCAAGGACGAGUUUGGGCGAGUGGCGGGUGAGGCUGACGGAGCUCUCCUCUACGCCUCGGGCUGGGCCAAACGCGGCGCCGUCGGCGUCAUUGUCGACACCUUGACGGACUCUCGACUCACGGCCCAGGUCAUCCUUCAGGACCUUGACUCAAGGAACUCCACGACUUCCGAUGCGAUGGGAUUCCAAUCGUUGCGGGAGGCGCUUCAACAAGCAGGUGUACGUCCGGUGACCUUUGAGGACUGGGAGCGCAUUGAUACGGUGGAGCAGUCAGUCGGCCAAAGUUACGGAAAACCACGGGAGAAAAUCACCUCGCUAGAGGGGCUCUUGAAGGUGGCUUUUCGUCAGGCUGCCGAAUCUCGCAAUCACAGACACAUUACCUUGAACCGCAAACUCGAUGAUUUGGUGGGUGUCUUCAAGGGCAUUACCGACUUGCUGGAGGUUGAUUGA